GCCCCCGAGCGGAGCCAGAGCCAGCCGCGCCGAGCGGGCGCCCCUCGGCCACCAGAUGUUCGCCAUCCAGCCAGGGCUAGCUGAGGGGGACCAGUUGCUGGGGGGCCCGCCUCCUGGAGUAUGUCAGCCCGAGCUCCAACCAGACAGCAACUCCAACUUCAUGGCAAGUGCCAAGGAUGCCAAUGAGAAUUGGCAUGGGAUGCCAGGCAAAGUGGAACCUAUCCUGAUGAGGAGCUCCUCAGAGUCACCCUCUGACAACCAGGGCUUCCAGGCCCUUGGACUCCCCGAGGGGGGGUUCCGCAGCCCCCCAGAGGGGGCAGAGAUUCCCGAGGCUGAGCUGGAGAAAAUGGGUGGUACUGGCACAGUCUGCUCCCCUCUGGAGGACAACGGCUAUGCCAGCAGCUCCCUGAGCAUCGACAGCCCUAGCAGCAGUCCUGAGCCUGCCUGUGGGACCCCUCGAGGCCCUGGCCCUCCCGAUCCCCUUCUGCCCUCAGUGGCCCAGGCUGUGCAGCAGCUGCAAGCGCAGGAGCGCUACAAAGAGCGGGAGAAGGAGAAGCACCACGUGCACUUGGUGAUGUAUCGUCGCCUGGCACUGCUUCAGUGGAUCCGGGGCCUGCAGCACCAGUUGAUUGACCAGCAGGCCCGCCUGCAGGAGAGCUUUGACACUAUCCUAGACAACCGAAAGGAGCUUAUCCGCUGUCUCCAGCAGAGGGCAGCACCAUCCAGGCCCCAGGACCAGGGUUAAGGAUGUGCCUCCACAAGUGUGCAAAGAUAUGUGUGUAUAUUUGCAGGUGUGUGUGUGGUUGUGUACAAGUAAGUACAUGAUUAUUUGCUGGCAUGAGUGAAGGUAAACAUAAGUGAGUAUGUAUGUUCUAACAUGUAGGCAGGUGUGUGCAGGCAUGUGUCAAUGAGCUUAAAUGUGCUGUGUGUGCACAUAGCUUAUAUGCAAACCUGUGUGUGGGUGUGUAAGAGUGAACAUACAUAUGUGUGUAGCAUGUAUGUAAGAGUAAAUUUGUAUAUACAUGUGUGAACAGAUAUCUAGCCUUGUGUAUAUGUGUGCAUAUAAAUGAGUUUGAGUGUGUAGGCUUGUGUUGGGUGUAUAUAAAUGAGCCCUGUGUGUGCAGGCCUAUGUGUAGGGGUGCAUGUGUGCAGGUGUAGGCAUGGGAAGUGUGUGUUAGAAGCAUGUGUAUCUGCAGGCAGACUUCAUGACCAGGUGUGUGCAAAUAUAUAUUCAGUUGCACUUGUGGGACAUCCACCCACACCCUGUGUUACCCAUGGCCUAACCCAGCCUUUUUUCUCCACUGGGUCCCACUACUCCCUAGAAAGAGUGCGCUAGCCUGCUGCCAUUUAUCUGAGGGUUCUCGCUGAUCCAUUUUCCUGGGGUUUCCCAGGCCACCUCUCCUCCCUUGCCCUCAUUUAACCCAGACCUUGCUCUGCUAAGGCUGUUGUCCCCCUUGCUGGCUUCGCUCUAAGAGGUUUAGUGGCUGCUCUGGCCUGCCAUGGCAUUUGGCUGCAAUUUUGUCAGGGCUGAUAGUGGAGAGUUGGUAUAGUGGAGAGAGGGGAUCCGGGGGUGGUGCUAGAGAUCAUGGCACUGGGGGGGUGGGAUCAGAAGGAGUUAGAGGACUGUCCUUCUUGAACUCUGCCCUUGGGCCUGUGGGAGAGGGGGUGUGGGAGAUGACAAUGGCAGAACCCUGUGAAGAAGAGGAGAAUGGGAAUUCUAAAAUACCAGUUCCAAACAAACCAAACCUUUCUAUGGGGAUGGACCUGUAGAAAACCAUACUGAUUUAAGCUUCUGAUGAAAAGUAAUGGAUGCUUAUAAGCUUGCAAGUAAUGGAAAAGGUGUCGCAAGGCUGUUGGGAAAAACCUCACUUCUCUGUGCCUCUACGCUGCAGUGCCUCACUGGCUUGAGCAGCAUUGGAUGUCAAAUUGAUUUGGUCCAUUUCUCUUCAAUCAGACUGUCAGGAGGAGCCAGAGCUUGGGGUGGGCAGGGGGCAGUUUCAGCCCAGCCUCUGGAAGCUCUUAGGAUGUUGGAUCUUACCCCCUUCUGUCACUGUGUGGCCCUUUAAACAGGAUUAACAGGCUUGGGUACAGGCUCCAUGAGUUGGAAAGUGGGUGAGUCUUGGGGAGAACUGCCAACUAAAGUGGCCCAGCUCUUAGCUUUGCUCCUGGGAGCCAGGAGAAUGCAGGAUGCUGGUGGGUGAGCAGUGGUAUGAAGAGGGAACUCUGGCAGGCAAACAGUGGCAUGGAAUGGCCCUCAGUCUCCCUAUGUGCAAAAUAUGGGGGCUCUUCCCAUCUGUCUAUAAAGAUUUCCAUCUCGGGUGGGUGGGUGGGUGAAAGGCAUAGGGAGUGGGGAUGAAGCAUGGGUCUUGGGGGACUUUGUGUCUAUAGCUCUUGCAUGUUGAGUGUGAACCUGGCCUCUGCACCAACCCAGGAUGAAUAUACUAGCGCAGAGAAUUAAAUUUCUUGAAUAUGUGUUUCUAUUCUA